AUGCCAGCAACACUCUACCUCCGACCCUCACCACGAGCAUUCUUUCUCUUGACUUCAACUCAUGCAUUGAUAUUCCGUCAGCCGGAUGCAUCCGAAUCGAAGGCUUCGAAAAGCGUGGUGGUGGCUGAGUUUCUGCCAAUCGAAGAGGUGGAUAUCGGUGGUUUGGUCAAAGCUAGCAGAGGUAGAGCGGUCGAGGGUGUGCUGGGAGUUACCAGUGUCCCUAGUGAGCGAUCACCCAUACCAGAGAUAUUCCUACUACUUGUAUCGCAUUCUACGCCUUUACCACCUCUUCUCCCAUCCUCGUCUCUCCGCCCGGCAAAAGUCUUAGGAGUUGAAUUCCAUUCUCUAUCCACAUCAUUUUGGGAUUCAUCCGAAUUGAUCGCAUCAUCUCAAAUGGCAUCACUGGAUUACGAAUACGAUGAUCCGGUACCAUCUGGUGCAGCAUCAGCGUCUAGUACUCAAUCACAGGCGCAACAAGCGGGGUUGGAAAACCCAUGUAAUGGAAUGAAGAAAUAUCUUGAAUCAGGUGGAUUCUUUUAUGCAGAAGAUUGUAAAUGGGAUAUAUCAAGUAGAUUGAGUGAUUCGAACUGGUUGUUAUCUGAGAAGGAUAUAGGAUUGAAUCCAUUAGAAACAUUCGAUGAAAGGUUUGUAUGGAAUAAAUCGUUAUUAUCAACUUUCUUAUCAUUCAGAAAUGGUUUAUCUGAAGAUAUGAAAUUAGAAUUAGACACACAAGCUUUACUAUUACCUAUUAUUCAAGGGUUCGUAGGGAGCUUACCUAUCUCAACUGGAAAUUGGAAUGAUGCAAAUAAACCGGAGGUAGCGAGUUUAGGUCUGAUAUCUAGAUUGAGUUGGAAAAGAGCAGGUGCAAGAUUUAGAACGAGAGGCAUAGAUGAUGAUGGUCAAGUCGCCAAUUUCGUCGAAACGGAAUUGAUCCUAGCUACAGACAGCGUUGUAAUGAGCUACGCUCAAGUGAGAGGAAGUGUUCCUCUGUUUUGGGAACAACCAAGUCAAGGUUUAGGUACAUUGCAACAGAAGGUCGAGAUCACCAGGCCACCACAAGCUACACAACCCGCGUUUGAUCGGCAUUUCCUAGAACUUUUAGAUCAUUACCACUCUGUCCACGCUAUAAACCUACUAGGACAGAAAGAUGCAGAAUCAAUGUUAUCUUCCGCUUAUUCUCAACACCUCGAAUCGCUCAAACACACCUUGGAAACCAAUCCGGACAAAGACAAUAGUCUAGAUGAUCAAGCUAGAGGUACAUUAGAUCUUACCCCAUAUGAUUUCCACUACGUGGUCAAAAUUGGAGGACAUGAAAUGGUCAAAUAUGAUUUCUCCAUGAGGUUGAAUGAAGUAGUUGAUUCUAUGGAGGACUUCGGUUGGACCGCUAUUGAUACUGGUACCGGUGGUGUGGUUGAGAAACAACAGGGGAUAUUUAGGACCAACUGUUUGGAUUGUCUCGACAGGACCAAUUACGUACAAGAUGUGAUAUCGCAACUAACCUUGUCACGUUUCCUGGGCUCUCUUGGAUCUCCCCUACAAUCAUCGCAAACACUCUGGUCGGCUCAUAGAGAGCUAUGGGCGGAUAACGGGGAUAGACUAAGCAAGAUCUACGCCGGUACUGGCGCUCUCAACACUUCAGCCACAAGGAGCGGGAAGAAGACAUUGGCGGGACUGCUAAGCGAUGCUACGAAAUCAGUUGGACGAGCGUAUAUCAAUAACUUUCAAGACAAGGGCAAGCAGAAUGCGAUUGAUAUGUUGUUGGGAAUGAUGGCGGGUCAACGACCUGUCAUACUAUUUGACCCAAUAAGUGACUCCGUUCAAUCUGCCCUGAUGACUAGGAUGAACGAAUACUCCAAGCCAAAGUUCUUAUCCAUUUUCUCGGGGACAUGGAACCUGAACGGCAAGGCACCUGACGAGGCGUUGGAUUCUUGGUUGUUCCCACCAAAUACGACCGAACCCGAUGUAUACAUGAUCGCGUUCCAAGAAAUAGUCGAACUUACUGCUAGUCAAAUACUGCAAACCGACCCAGCAAAGAAACGAAUGUGGGAGAAAUUCAUCAUGGACACGUUUGCUAUGCGCAAAACCAAGAAGUCAGACUACUUGUUAUUCCGGAGCGAACAGCUCGUCGGCUCAGCAUUGAUCAUGAUCAUCAAAUCGGAACUAGCACCACAUAUAAGGAAUGUCGAAAGUACUACUAAAAAGACCGGUUUAUCAGGUCUUUCAGGAAAUAAAGGUGGUGUAGCUAUACGAUUACAGCUGUUUGAUUCGAAUAUAUGUUUCGUCACGAGUCAUUUGACGGCUGGGCAAAGUAACGUGAACGAAAGGAACAACGAUUGGAGAAUCUUGACCAACGGAAUGAGGUUUGGCAGAGGUAAAAUGGUAGAGGACCAUGAUGUCAUCAUAUGGUCGGCGGAUCUCAAUUACCGAAUCGCGCUACCGAAUUCAGAAGUCCGAGAAGCGAUCGAGCAGGGGGAUAUGGAUUCACUAUUGGGUGCAGAUCAACUUCUGAACGCGAUGGAUGCUGGCGAAACGUUCAUUGGGUAUGACGAGGGGCCCAUACUUUUCAAUGACAACGGUACCGAUGAUUAUGACACCAGCGAGAAGCAACGAGUACCUGCCUGGACAGAUCGAAUCCUCUUCAAAGGGUCUGCUCUCCGUCUGAAAGAAUAUAGUCGAGCCGAAUUGAUGACUUCGGAUCACCGACCUGUUUAUGCUGUAUUCGAUGCUACAAUCCGCGAGGUUGAUCACGCUCGAAAAGACAAGAUAUCAAAAGAAAUCGUCCAUUCUAUCUUGUCUAGCGGUGGUGGUAAAAAGAUGGAUGAGAAAGUGGAACGUGUAAUGAGAGGUCACGGCGGUCCGAGGGAUUUGAUUAAAGAUUUGACCGAGGUUUCUGUCACACCGACACUGCGAACAUCAUCUCCACGAUUACCACCCCGUCCAUCAUCUGCUGCAUCUAUGAAAGAGACUUAUUCACCAAUCACAGCCACAGGCAGACUUCACUCUCAAUCGCUUUCCACCCAAACAGCUUCAUCCUCUCUUCGAGCGCUGGCGUCCAACUCAGCCGCUUCGUUGUCGCAAAGUGCAAGACGAGCUCCACCUGCCAUUCCUAAACCAGCACCUGCGUCCGCAUUAUCACCCAACAUGCAAAGCAGUCCCAUUGUUCCAUUCAGUCCAGAUAGGAGAUCACCGUUACCACGAUCAAGCUCAAGAAGUAUCUUACCCAAUGGGACUGGAUCAUCCAACUCGACAGCCCCUUCAUCGAUCACACCUUCAUCCACAGGCGAUUUUGUCAUCGUCCCUAAUUCCACAAUAAAUGCCAGACAACCUCCACCUCUACCACCCAGAGUCAAUCUAACACCCCAAUCUUCCACAGAUACGAAAACAUCUACAAAUCAACCGAGACUUAGUGUACCAAGAUCUCCGUCUCCAGAAAAGGAAGAUGGGUUAUCACUAAAUCAAUUGCGCGCCAAAUUUGAGAAUCCUUCAACUGCGCAAACACCGACGAUCAAACCACGCUCAAAACCGUUGCCUAAGAAAUCAUUGGAUUUUAAUGGGACACCUCAGAAUGGGCUGAUAGAAUCUGCCAAACCAGACAACAACGUCCCGAAGAUCCCACCUAAACCAAGAAGGUUAAGCUCUAACGCUAUACAGAAUGGUGGACUGUCGGUCUCACCUGAAAAGAAGAAACCUGUCAUACCGAAGAAACCAGAAGGAUUAGGAUUGGGUAUCAAAGGUGAUAACGUAUAA